GGGGUGUGUGUGUCAGCAGCCCGAAACCCAGAGGUGUGUGCGUGUGCACACACACGCGUGUCCCAUCCAGGAAAUCGCUUUUGACGGUACCGGACGGACAGGCGACUUGUGUCAACUCAACCCUUGCUAGCUUGAAGGGACAACAAGACAGGCCAGGAUGCUCAGUGCCAAGCUGUUGGUCGGGGUCUUGAUGGUCUGGCUGCCCGCAGCAUGGUUGGCACGAGCCAGCAGCUGCCAAGGUCCCACACUCAUCCCUGGGAUCCCCGGUAUGCCAGGAGCUCCGGGGUCCAACGGCCAGGAUGGAAUUGACGGGAGCAAAGGAGAACGAGGUCCACCUGGAAGAGUCGAAGAUUACCGAGACGCUGGCGAACCCGGUGAUCCCGGCAUGCCAGGUUUCCCAGGGAAAUUUGGUCCUAGGGGACCCACGGGUGCCAAAGGUCCCCCCGGGCCUCCUGGAGAACGAGGCCUGAAAGGCGAAUCCGGGGAUGCCAAAGCGUCUCACCGAUCGGCUUUCUCGGCCACGCGGGGUGCCACUUUUACCCCGCGUCGGUCUCAACCGGUUCGUUUCGACCGGGUUAUCACCAACGUGGGUAACCACUACAACAGCCGCUACGGCCAAUUCGCUUGCCAGAUCCCGGGGAUCUACUACUUCUUACACGCCACCUCGCGCGGCAAUCUGUGCCUGCACCUGAAGAAGGGCCGCGGCAGCUCCAGCGCGGAGAACGUGGUGACCUUUUGCGACUACGUUUUGAACACCUUUCAGAUGACGACCGGCGGGGUAGUUCUUCGAGUGGCCCAGGGCGAGAUGGUGUGGCUGGAGCCCACGGAGAAGAACUCGCUGCUGGGGGGCAUCGAAGGCUCCGAUAGCAUUUUCUCCGGAUUCCUUCUCUUCCCCGAAGCGAACGCCUGAACCACGUUUACCUCCGUCUCCGGUGCGGCGCCCCCCCCACCUCCGAAAGGAUAACGCCCCCCCCUCCAAAAGGGUUACGAGUUGCAACCCUCCUUGUCUCCUUCCUCCUUGCUUUCAUCCCACCCCUCACAUUUUUUUUUUCCACGCACCACCUUUCGAGAUCUCGGCGAGAUUUUUUGCAAAUGAAUCAAUAAACCGUUCAUUGAGAAAA